GGGCGGGCAAUUUCCUUCCCGCGCCUGUUUCCAUCUCUUUCUUUCUCCUCGUCCUCGUCGUCCUUGUCGACGGUGGAUCGACCCGAGCGACUUGCGUACUGUGUACUCGGAGUGAGUAACGAUCACUUCUGCUGGCUUCCGCGUCCGAGGUGACGUCGCGCUGGCCAUAAUUGAAUCCGAGCCCGGUGGAGUUGCCUUGUGGUAUCAAUAUCUUUUUUUUAUUGCUGCGCUGGAGCGGAAAGAUAUUAUCGAAGAACGGCAUUGUGGGUUGUCAUCGUCACAGAAGUUAGAACUACAUCACCACUUUCCUCAUCGACAACUCGGCUGUCGUCCGAACAGUGUCCUCUAGCUCUUCAUCCUUCUCCGCCUGGAACGGCCGUACCUCUCGACCAUCUCAGCCUACUUCAGUCGAGCACAUUUGCUAUUCCAGAGGACAUACACAAAUUUUGAUCCCGGACAGCUGUUAUGAGGCGUGUCGCGCGACAGGCCAGCAGUCAGGUCGCUGCGGGUCCUUCUACAGACUCAACAAAUAUAGACUCCACAGUCACUGACAAUGCAGCACUUGGUACUACGGACGGUGCCGCCAGCGGGCCAAGCACAGUUGGUACCGCUGGCCUCGCGGAUACCUCUACAGCCGUGGCGACCGACGCUGCAGCACCAACGACCUCCGCCCAGCCGGCCAGUGAUGGUGCCGAUCAAUCGGUGACGGGCGGCGGGGCUAGCGGGACCAGCGACACUACGAGACUAGCUACGGACCCGGUGGGCGGCGUUACCAGCACUUCGGGUGCGCCAGCCGUACAAUCAGCACUCAGCAGUGUGACGAGCUUGAUUUCGUCAAUAUCUACAUCACUGGAGCAGGCUUCUUCGUCUACUUCAUCAGUCACGUCCGAUUCCCUAUCUUCAACGGAUUCUCUCCUUUCCAGUACCACCGAUUCUACUCUAUCUACUCAACCUUCAAGUACUACUGAGCCUACUUCAAGUGGUUCAAGUAUACAAUCUGCCACUGACUCUUCGUCAAUAACAAACUCUGCAAGCUCUGCCAGCAAUAGUAAUCUAGCCAAUCCUUCUCUCACGACGAGCUUCACCGACAUUGUUACGACUCUCAAUGGACAAGUUACGACAAUUGUCAGCCCUGUUGCCACGCUCAACGCAGAUACGUCAAGUACCCUCAGCACGAGUCAUCGGAAUGCUAUAAUUGCCGGUGGGGCCGUCGCAGGAACUGUCUUCAUCUUGUUAUGUCUUGCCGUGGUAUUCGUUUGUCGACGGCGCCAGAAGCGAGCUGUAGCACUCUCACACCGAUAUCUACCCACACCCCGGUCCGUAAUGUUGGCAGGCGAAGACGAUUUUGACUUAGCAGGUCCGAAGCAGCCUCAGAGAGCAUUCGGUAUUUUCGGAUCACGCAGGAAAAAGAACACUGCGCAUGAGUAUCGGGAUAUUUCAUCGGAGUCCGGAAGAGACUUGAAUUCGUCAGUUAUGCGCGAGCUUCCCAGUGAACCGCCUCCUCGGCUACUUCGCCCUGUUGCAAGUAAGACAGGCAGUUAUUUCCAGGAAGGCGUGUGGCCGCCUCCGGAUGAAGGUAGUCAGCUAAGCGACCCGCUUAUGGCUGCUAGCAAUGUCGACCUGCAUAGCAUUGUGGACGAAGUUAUGGGUCCGCACAGCGCGCCAGGUCAAUCGAGUGGUGCUGCGUCUUCGACAAGCUCGCUUCCACGACCGUCAAGGCUUCGUGGGGGAGCGGCGGAGAGCGCCAGUCUCUUCAGUGAGACGUCCGGAGAUUUUAUGCCUCCAGUCCCACGACACGGUGAAUCCCCUACAAUGUCUUCCGUAGGUAGCAGCUUCGGCGACUCACCUCGACAUCUGCGUGACUGGAGUACGGAUUCAGCGACGGGUUUGUUGGCGGGUAUGGACGGGGGCCUGAGAGCAGCAAGGCGGAGUAGUAGUGGUAGUGGACCUUGGCUUCCUCCGGGAGCAGCACACGUGCGCACGGCAAGCCCGACUUCUCCACUACGUAUAGUUACAGAACCUCAGCAAUCUAUACAUGCUGCCGCUGUUGCCGCUUCUUCCUCCUCACCAUCCACCCGUGCCCGCGAGAAGGCGAAGGAAGCGGCUCAAGAACGCCGUACCUCUCUCAUAAUUGCGAAUCCAGCACCAGAAACUGAGAACGACCAAGCAUCGCGGCAAAGUACGUUACAAGACGACACGGCAUCGUACUCCGUCUCGCCAUCGUCGACGCAGCAAUUACGACGGUUUACGAGUACAAUGGAAAGUGGUGGCAUGCCAUAUCCUGAUGAAUCACCGAUCGAUAGGCGUUCGGUACCUGCAUCGCUUGCUCAUGGUUGGUUACUAGAUAUUGACGAGGACGCACCAAUGCCUGUCCCAGACCCAGAGGUAACAGUCCCUGGGAAUGUUAGGAAUGUACGCGAGGAGAUACCACCUAGAUAUGAUAUGAUUCGAAGGGAUACGAGUUCAAGUGAGGUUGGUGAGCCUAGCGGGAGUGGACUUUCACGUACCAGGACUUCAUGACAAGACGCUUAGUACUAAUAUCUGAUGUUUUCUCUCUUUUUACGUUUCAUCUGGUUUCUUUCCUCUUAUCUUGUUCAGCUAUAGGACUUACGGACCUUUAUUGGAUUUUUAAUGAUUUCUUGCUUUUUGUUUUGAUUGUUUAGGUACUUGUACCGUUGUUCACGAUCCCGCCCAUGACUUCAUUCCUUUCAUCACGACGAGUCAAGUUAUACCGGAUGGACGUCUUGAAACUAAUACGUAGUACCAAUAGGCGAAAGUACUUAUAACCCUCACCCUCACCCUUUAUCCUUACCUGCUCUGCUCGUUUGCUUUAC